UCUCGUCCAGCUUGUGACAGUUCACAGUUGUGACAGCAGAUGAUAUUUUAAAUGAAUUAACGGACUUCAUUGGUAAUUGAUUGUAAAGACGUUAAGUGAUCUUGAAUUGCGAGAAUGGACGAGGAGAUGGAUGCCGUGAACGAGGAAGUUUCUCCAAGAACCUCGGACGAGGAAGAGAUGGUGACGAGCGAUACGGAGGAAAAAACCAACAAGGAAGUAGUGGAGAUUAAGUCCGACAGCGACGAUGAUGAUGACGAGGAUGAUGACGAGGAUGCUAAGGAGGCUGAGGUGAAAGCUCUAGAAGCUUCCUUGUCGACAAACCCGUACGAUUAUUCCAGUCAUGUAACUCUAAUCAACAAAUUGCACACGAUGGGCGAGCUUGAUCGUUUGCGAGCCGCUAGGAACAAUAUGAGUAACUUAUAUCCCCUGAGCCCCGAGCUCUGGCUUGCUUGGAUAAGUGACGAGAUCAAGUUAGCGACUACUGAUGACCAGAAAACUGAAGUAAUUAAACUAUGUGAACGAGCUAUCCAGGAUUACGUAUCUGUGGAAGUAUGGUUGGAAUACUUACAGUUCAGCAUUGGCUAUAUAGGCAAGGAUGAAGAGAAAGUUCGUCAACUCUUUGAACGUGCAUUGGCUGUUGUUGGAAUGCAUGUCACAAAAGGAGCGAUAAUAUGGGAAGCAUAUCGUGAAUAUGAGAAUAUAUUAUUUGCCUCUCUAUUGCCAUUGGAUGAUGAUACUGAAAAAAGAAAAAACAAAGUUCAAUUGGAACGCAUUGUAAGUUUAUUCAAACGUCAAUUAUCUAAUCCUCUUUUAAAUAUGGAUAAAACAUAUGAGGAAUAUCAAUCAUGGUGCGCAAAAUAUGAUACAGAAGUAGAUACAGAUGAGAAAUCGAUUUCGAAAUGCUUUAAACAGAGUUUUGCUAAAUUAGAGUCAUUCCUUCCUUAUGAGGAGAAGCUUAUCUCUGCACAAAACCAGAAUGAAUUACUUGACUCUUAUAAAGGAUAUUUGUUAUACAUGAAACAAAAUAACUCAGAUCUUGUUAGAAUUCUAUAUGAGAGAGCAAUAACUGAUCUAAAUUGUUUAGAAACAUCGAUUUGGUUGGAUUAUAUCGCUUAUCUAGAAAAUGAAUCAAGACUUGAGCGCGAACUAGAUCCAAUUUAUCAAAGAGCAUCGAGGAACAUUCCUUGGUAUUCAAUAGUUUGGCAAAAAUGGAUGAGAUCGUAUGAGAAAUGGGACAAACAUAUAUCGGAAAUACAAACGCUAUUCGAGAAUGCCUUGUCUGCUGGGUUUUCAACAGCAGAAGAUUAUCGUAAUUUGUGGAUUAUGUAUCUUGAAUGUCUGCGGCGCAGACUCGAUCAAUAUCCUGAUGAAGAGAGAGAUAAAUAUCUGGAUGUUAUUCGUAAAACGUUUAACAGAGCGUGUGAGCAUCUGGCAAAAUGCUUUGGUUUGGAUGGCGAUCCCAAUUGCGUUAUCUUACAAUACUGGGCAAGAUUUGAAGCGAUACAAGCAAAUAAUAUGGAACAAACUAGAAGAUUAUGGGCUGAUAUUCUUUCGCAGGAGCAUUCUGCAACAGCUUCUUAUUGGUUGGAAUAUAUAAUUCUAGAAAAAAGUUAUGGAGAUUCAAAGCAUUUAAGAAAACUGUAUCAAAAAGCCUUAAGUUCCACACAAGAUUGGCCAGAAAGUAUAGCGAAUUCAUGGAUAGAUUUUGAGCGUGAUAAAGGAACUUUGGAGCAAAUGGAGUUCUGUGAAGCAAAAACGAAGGAAAAGCUCGAUAAAGUUAUGACAGAAAGGCAAAAAGCGCAAGAUCUUUCUCAGAGUGAAUUGUCCACACAAGAUAAGAAAAUGAGUAAGAGAAAGAUUGAUGAUGGCAAGUGGAAAAAUUUAGGAAGUUCCCCAUCGAAAAUCAUAAAAACUGAUGUCCAACUGAAACCAAAAUUGCGAGCAAGUAUCUUGAAUAUUGAUAAGAAGACAACAAAUGAUCAAAAAAAAUCAAAGCCAGAAAUCGUACCACCACCUGGUUAUAAAACGAUCGAAGAUGAAGAUAUAGAUGAUAAAGAUAAUCAGCAUGAAGUAGAUGAUAAUAUUACAAUUUUUGUCAGUAAUUUAGAUUACACCACGACCGAAGACGAAGUAAGAGAUGUUCUAAAAUCCAUUGAACCGAUAACAUUGUUCAGAAUGAUUAAGGAUUACAAGGGACGUAGCAAAGGAUACUGCUAUAUACAAUUAAGUAGUACAGAAGCCGUGAAAGAAGCUUUGAAAUUAGAUAGAACACCUAUAAAAGGACGUCCUAUGUUUAUUUCAAAAUGUGAUUCUAACAAGAAUACCAGAAGUUCAGUAUUUAAAUAUCGCUCUACGCUUGAAAAGAACAAACUCUUUGUUAAAGGACUUCCACUUACAAUGACAAAAGAAAAAUUGGAAGAGAUUUUUAAGGUUCAUGGAGAUUUGAAGGAAGUUCGCCUGGUUACUUACCGUAAUGGGCACUCGAAAGGGUUGGCUUAUGUUGAGUAUCAUGACGAAGCGACCGCUGCAAAAGCUCUUUUGAGCACAGACGGUAUGAAAAUUCAGGACAAAGUAAUCAAUGUUGCGAUAAGUCAACCGCCUGAUCGCAAAAAAACCCAAACAGAGGAAAAUACAGAACAAAUAAAAUCACUCGGUGGAACAUCGACGAGCCGUACAGCAUUUGGCAUGCCCAAGACUUUAUUGUCUAUGGUUCCCCGUAAUGUUAAAAAGAGUAGCAGUAAUGGUAGUGCAGCUUCAGAUGGAAAUCACACACAAUCGAUGAGCAAUCAAGAUUUUAGGAAUAUGUUUCUCAAUAAAAAAUAACUUGUUGUAUCGUACAAGCAUAUUUUUUUCUCAGUCUAUUAAUGUCGCAUUAAUUUUAAAACUUAUAUAGGCUACAUAUUAUGUAAUAUUACAACUUAUAUGUUAGUGGUAAUACUUACAGUGAACGGAUCUGCUGUUAAAAUUUAUCAAAUGUGCGUUGUAUAUUAUAUGAUAUACAAGUGCUGUUAAAAAGUCAAAUGUGCAGUUACUACAAUUCUGUA